GUACUUAUUUCAAAUUGCAGGUUCAAUUCAAUCUGAACACGACAGUAAUUGCAACCCAGCAAACCAAGCGGUUCCGCCUAAUCUGCGCUGGGUGAAUGUUGAGAUACGCUUGACGUUUACUGUUGACAGCGAUGGACAGGAGACGUUACGGUGGUCUAGGUGGGCCGCUAUAUCCCAACUCCGGUUUCCUCUUUCUCCUUAGACCUCUUCCCUCUCGGUCUCUACCACAUCCCACCCACUCUUCUUGGUGGCCAUGAAUUGGGCUUUCGUUGACGACGCGGACCCUCGGAUCCAAUACUCGUCAGGAUGGCAAGCAUUUGUGAACGGAUCGGAGUCCGACGGUACGAAACACGGGGCUGCAGAGGCCGGCUUGACUGCAACGCUGAACUUCACCGGGACCCAAGUCGUCGUUGUGGGGUCACUGGGCUCGGUGGAUGUUCAUGGUGUACCCACAACUCUUUACACCAUCGACAGCGCCGAAGCCGGGCUAUACACGGCACCCAUCAUUCAGCCUGGUGGUUUCGCGUUGAACGUAACCUUCUUUCAGUCCAAGGUUCUUCCCCCAGGCGACCACACGCUGACGAUCACAAACGUGAAUGGGACCAAACCGAACGUCUUCUGGCUCGAUUAUAUCGAGUAUUUGCCGUCAACAACUCUGUCGACGUCUUUCGUUGCAACUAGUCUAUCACAACCGACUGUUUCAUCCUCCUCCCCGACCGCCAUCGAUACAACGUCUCCCACUGAGACCUCCACAGUCAGCUCGUCUACGAUGCCUGCGUCUCGCAAGAGUCGCAGCAACGUUGGUCCCAUUGUCGGCGGAGUAGUUGGCUCCGUUGUGCUCGUCCUCAGUGUCAUAGUUCUAUUGUGGUAUUUGCGGCGACGGCAGAAGAGUACAUCCGAUGCGCAUGGUAUCCGACCAUUUGGGUCCUGGAGGAGCGCUCGCAACAAGGAUCCCGUCACUCGCCCCCGUUCUUCUUCAAAGCAGAUGGUGGCUGGCGGCUUGUCAGAUCCUUUACUUGCCAGUGCACCCUCUCUAAAAGCUGUUGGCUCGGCAAUUCCAACGUCCGUCGAUUUCCCUCCAAGCCUGCUUUCAACUGCGUCAAUAUCUGCGCCUGUUCAAGCCGCUGUGCCUGUACCUGUUCCAACGGGUCAGCGGGAGUCGGGAGAACUAGCAAACCCGUCUUCAGGAGGGCUGAUUCUCGACGGAGAGACAGAACCUUCAGUACUAGUCCAGUCGGUGGAUUCGGGAUUGCGAUUGACGAGAGGAACGUCAGUACUUCCUCCGCCAUAUACUGCUGAAUGAAGUGACAUUUCUGCUGCACUGUCAUAUUUAUUGGAAGCU